AUGUCUGAGAAGGACCACAACACCACCAUGGUCGAAGAGAAGGACACCCACCAUCUCGAAAAGAUCAGCUCGACAGCCGAAGAAGAGCACCGCAAUGAGCUUGGCCAAGAUGCUCAUCAGCUGGAUGGCUACUGGGGCUCAACACCCUUCAUCGGCUCACUGGCUGCCAUGGUCUUGAUGGCCAACAGCCUGUUCUGUGGCUACUCCUUCCCCGUCAACAUCCUUUCUGUCAUCGAUGCCGACAUUGGUCCAUCACCCAACAUCUAUCUCGUGACAAUGGUUUUCACCUUGGUCGCGGGUGUGCUCUUGCUGGUCGUCGGACGUGUUAGCGACGUUAUCGGCCGGAGGUACUUCUUCAUUGGAACCCAAGUCUUUGCCGUCGUGGGCUCCAUCAUUGCCGCAAGAGCAAACAAUAUCAACACCUUGGUCGGCGCCACAGUCCUCACUGGAGUGGCUGGUGCUGGCCAGCAGCUGUAUCCUCUCAUCACUCAGGAAAUCGUCCCCAACAAGUACCGUGGUCUGAUGCAAGGCGCCAUCUCGAUGUCCGUGCUUCCGACACUCGGCUUUGGACCUCUCAUCGCCCGUGCCCUUGUGAACAACACCAAGCUGGGCUGGAGAUGGUGCUAUUGGCUCAAUGUCAUAGUCGGAGGAUUGUCCUUGAUUCUCUUCAUCGUCUUCUACUUCCCGCCAAACUUCCACAUGAUCAACAGCGAAAUGACCAAGAUGCAAGAGCUGAAGGAGCUGGAUUAUGUGGGACUGAUCCUCUACUCCGGCGGCCUCGUCCUGGUCCUGCUUGCGUUCACCUGGGCACAAGGCACUUACGCGUGGGCAAGUGCUCAUGUCAUCGCUCCUCUUGUGGUCGGCGUCCUCACUCUGGUCGCGUUUGUGCUGUACGAGAUGUAUAUGCCUCUGAAGCAGCCUUUGCUCCCUCUGCGAUUGUUCAAGUCUCGGAAUCUGGUCGCAGUGGUCUUCGUCGGUUGUGUUGGACAGAUGGUGUAUUACGCCUUGAAUGUUCUGUUUCCUAUCCAGAUCACCAGCUUGUUCACCACCAACAACAUCUUGAUCGGCCUUAUGUCGAGUACGAUUGGUGCUUCACUCGCUGUUGGCGAGUUCAUCUUCAGCCCUCUCUUCAAGACUGUCGGCUUGCCUAAGUGGCAACUGUUCGCAGCUAGCGUCGGUACCGGACUGUUCUGUGCUCUGAUGGCACUUGUGACGGAGCACACAGAAGGCAUGGCGAUCGCCUUUGCCAUACUCACCGGCCUCUGCGUCGGUUGGAUCGAAAUGGUUGCCAUUACCAUCGCCGGUCUCGUCGUUCCACCCAACGACAUCGGUGCAGGACAGGGCUUCUUCGCCUCCACUCGAGCCGUCACCGGCACCAUUGCGAUCUCGAUCUAUGUCUGCAUCUUCACCAACAAGCUCACCGCAUAUAUCCCAGCAGAUGUCGCCCCUGCGGUCAUCGGAGCCGGCCUUCUGGAGUCCAGUCUCCCGGCCUUCUUCGUGGCUAUGGCAAACGGCACCACCACUGCUUUUGAUACUGUGCCAGGCGUCACGCCUUCAGUCCUAGCGGCUUUGGCGGAGGGAACAAAGAACGCGUAUACGCAUGCGUUCAAGAUCGUGUAUCUCAGCACCCUGGCGUUUGCGGGCAUCGCCAUCGUUGCGUCGUUGUUUGUGAAGGACAUCGAUAAGUAUCUGACGGACUAUGUCAACAAGAUCAUCCACAAGCCGAAGAUUGGAAAGUCUGCGGAGGUGGACCGCGCCUGA